AUGAGUUUAUUUGAAUGGAUGUUUGGUAAACCACCUACACUACAGGAGAGACUAAGGAAAAAUCAAAGAGCUUUGGAUAAGACCCAGAGAGAGAUUGAAAGGGAGAAAAGGAAAUUAGAGCAGCAGGAAAAGAGACUAUUGACAGAAAUUAAGAAAUCGGUAAAGACGAAUAAGGUGAGUGCUGCAAAGAUACAGUCUAAGGAUUUGAUUAGAACAAGAAAGAAUGUCACAAAAUUCAAUAAUUUACAAACAAAACUGAAUACAAUUUCAUUACGUAUUCAAACUAUAAAGACUAAUGAACAAAUGAAUAAAUCAGUCAUUGAAGCAAAUAAUGUGUUGAGAUUUAUGAAUAAAUCAAUUAACUUACCUCAAUUACAAAAGAUUACUAUGGAUUUUGAAAGACAAAAUGAUUUGAUGAAUCAAAAGCAAGAAUUUAUCAAUGAAUCUAUCGAUGAUGUGAUGGAAGAUGAAGACGAGUUAGAGAAUGAAGAUGAGGAAGCUGAUGAAAUUAUAAAUAAAAUUUUGGACGAAAUUGAUAUUGAUUUAUCCUCAAAAUUAAACACUACUCCAAACCAUGAAUUAGGCUUGGGUAAUGAAAUGAAAGAGUCGAAAAAUUCUGAACAAUUGAUUGCAGAAUCAAAUGAUGACGAUGACCAGUUGCAAGCAAGAUUAAACAGUUUGAAGAAACAGUAA